AUGGAGUCUUUCCCUUUCGAACGAUUGCCUAUAGAGCUCAAGAUCAAGAUCAUCAGACUUGCUAUUCCCUCGACCCCAGCGCGCUUUGUAAGGAAUGGCUUCCAAGUAUGCUUGGUUAAUGGUUGGGGGCAUGAAGAUGAGGAAGAAUUGAGACGAUUCCGCGCUUCGUGCCCGGAAAUCAAGGCAAUAUGUGAUCAAAUUCGGUACUUCGUGGUAUGUUUGCGUGGAAAAGCUGUGUAUCGACUUGACCCUCUACACGACACAUUCAAGAUAAAUGUCCCGGUUCCUUGGUAUUUAUCUGGAAUUCCCCAGAAGAAAAGGCCAGAAUCCUCUCAGCAAGCAGGCCUUCCUAUCAGGCGCAUGGUCUAUUGGACCCUAGAGCCUUGGAUCUCAACGGAAGCUCAAGGUUCAGUACCUAGCGAUGCGCGAGAGACGUUUUCCCAGUUGCCUUUCGACUCCUCGUUACCUAUAUGGCAGUAUACUCCAAAGCUUAAGGCGUUUACAUUGGUCAUUGACAAGUGUGAUUGGAGUUGGCAUAUCGAGAGUUUUCAGCAAUAUGGGCCAGGAACCAGCGCAAGAAACAAUAUCCAUAGUCUCCUCCCUUAUGGAUUCACAAAUGCUGGCUCGCUACGGCUUCAGAGUGAUACUGGUAUUACAUGGAUGCUGGAUCCGACUCGCACCCUACACCACUAUGGUUAUCCUGGAGAUCCUUUGACUUCUUCCCCGAGCGCAUUUUGGCCAUAUCCACCGAUGAUUGGCUUACAUGGGUACAGCCGAGGCAGUAGAUCCCAGGGAGGGAAAUGGGCUGGAUUCAGGUACUGGACCGAGACCAAGAAGAUUGAGUUUAGGCCCUUAUCGUGGCCAGAGGUUGAGGAUGCUAUGGAGGACCGCCAAAGAGACCGGAGAUGGCACCACGAAUUCGUUGCUCGACUAUGGAUCAACCGGCCGGGAGAACCGGUCGAUACUGAGCAGUCUCAAUACGGUUGGGUCGAGGUGAAAGCUCCCGAAAAAGGCGACGCCCGUUGGGUAGAGCAGGUGGCAACAACGUGGAAGAUGGUUCGGUAUACGUUGAUGAGAAUGGACGAGGCUAUUAAAAUCGACUGGCAUCUUGGAAAUGCGUAA